AUCGAUACGGUUGCUAGGCAACGAUCACCUUCCAAAACAAACAAUCAGAGGCCCGGCCGAGAGCAAAUUUACUUUCUUAUUUUAUUACUCGUGUCAACAUUUUAGAUCGAUAUUAUUGGAUUUGCUGUAUCAUGUUCUUGUAGACAGACAACAUGGUGUUGAUGCCCGUUUGUGUGCCCGAGAAUUGCGGGAAGGAUUUCCGACAUUCGUUGAAGAAGCCCAGUCCUAACUAUCCUUAUGGGGCGAAGACGAAGAAACCGAGGCUCGUCCCAGCCUUCACCAUACAAGCCAUGCAGAAGAACACCCGAGUGAUUCCGCCCAAGAAGUGUGGAGUCUUCGACCCAAAGCCGCUGGGCAAGCAGUCCAUGUUCAGGAAGUGCUACGCCCGGGGGGAGUUCCCGGUCACCAUUGAGUUUACGAGCAGUGGGAAACGGCUGAAUUGGAAGGUUCCGAUUGAGAAGCUGGACUUCCACCACUACCUCCCUAUGUUCUUCGACGGCCUCGUGGAGGCAGAUUACCCGUUCAGCUUCAUCGUGGAGACCGGGAUCAACGACCUGGUCUCCAAGGGCUCCUACAAGAUCCUGCCUGUCGUGCCGCAGCUCAUCAUACCUAUCAAAAAUGCCUUAUCGACCAAGAGGCCAAACGUGAUAUGUCAUACGCUGAAAUGUAUCCAGAUGAUCGUCACCGGAUCGGACAGAGUGGGCGAAGCGUUUGUGCCAUAUUACAGACAGAUACUGCCUGUUCUGAACCUGUUUAAAGACAGAAACAGUAACUUAGGGUCAGGGAUCGACCACAGCACGUCCCGCGGCGAGAACGUCGGGGACCUCAUCGAGGAGACCCUGCAGAUCCUGGAGCGCUACGGGGGCCCCGAUGCCUUCAUCAACAUCAAGUAUAUGAUACCCACUUACGAGUCGUGUGUGCUUAACUAG